GCCAUGGAAACCCAUUCCAUGAGGCUCUCUACGCACUGUUGUUGGGCUCAUCUGAAGGCCACACCAAGUUUGGAGGUCUUUAGCUAUUGACUCUGCAGACAGUUGAAGCAGUCUGCAUGUCUAGGGGCUUGAUUGUAUACACCUGUAUCCAUGGAGGGGAUUGGAACACCUGAAUCACAUGAUAUGGAGGGGAUUGGAACACCUGAAUCACAUGAUUUGGAGGGCGGGGGACAAUACUUUUAGCAAUAUAGGGUCCUUUCACAUGGGCGGAUCCACUUGCUUAGCAGGGAAUCUCUCUGCUGAUCCCUGCUGAGCAGGCGGAUGACAGCU